CUGUGAUUCAAUUCUCGAGAUCUGUCACCGCACUUCAACACUUCGGCCGUCGUCGACGUUUCGCCACGUAUUUUUUUGUGUGUCUAAACAAAAGUUCUGCAAAGCCGGAAAGUUUCAAUUAAAAUCGUUAAAUUCAACCCUCUGUAUAGUCCCAAACUAAAAAAUGGAUUCCAUGAUUCGAUACAUCUCGCCGGUGAAUCCGGCCGUGUUUCCGCACCUGGCCAGCGUACUGUUACUCAUCGGUACCUUUUUCACUGCGUGGUUCUUCGUUUUCGAGGUCUCGCGGCCGAAGCUGUCCGGCGGCAGUGGCAAGGAAGGUGUGAUUUUCAAGGAACUGCUCAUUUCGCUGUUCGCCUCGAUCUUUCUCGGAUUCGGGGUGCUGUUCCUGCUGCUGUCGGUGGGGAUCUACGUGUGAAUGCCAUUUUUUGAAGGCGGCUCCGGCACCGAGAGAACUUUGUCAACAAACAACCUCCAGAAAUCUAUUCCGUAAGUUACGAACUAUCUUUUAUGCCUGUAACUUCGAUGCAAAAUGUUUUCUCCCUCGAGAGAACUGAAUCUUGAGCGCGAUCAUGAGAAUGUGGAAGGAAACAGAAGAGGGAUUUACUGAUAAGAAUUUUCAAUAAUAACCUAUUAAGCUUAGUGGGACUGUGGUGUCCAAAACUGAA